AAUCACCUCUUUGUACAACCAGUAGUGUGUCAUAUGGUUGGAUGUGCGAAUGCGCGCUCGCAGCAGUGUUUUUGAAUUUGCAUGCAUCGCGGCCCCUCCAGAGAGCAGGGAGAGAGAGAAGAGAAUGGAUUUACUCUCUGAGAGUGGCUAAAGGAAAAAGUGAGGGCAUGAAAUUUGCGCGAACAUCAGCCAUCCGAGACGGUGCGCCCAUCAGUCGACUCGACGACGAGAACGCAUCGCGACGUCUGUCUCUCUGCUGCUUCACGGCAAGUUCUCCCAGUCCUGUUUUUUUUUCUCUGGCGCCCUGAGGCACCCAAUUGUCGUGCUCUGGAGGUUGCGGGCACACCUUCACUCUUGUGCCGUGAAUCUCGGGCUCGCGAGAGAGCCUCUGCCUCAGUCGAGAGAGUGACUUCGGCGCGAUCGCGACGCGAUACUGGCGAGUUCGGUUAUAUUCUUAGCUUGAGGCACCUAUAUCUCUUCUGGUCCUGUGCACCUUUUCUUCUCUUAAGCUCCUAAAGAAAAGGGAAAAAUUAAUAAAAUUUUAGGGACUCUUUUCCAUCUGUCCUAGAAGGAGGUGCAGUGUGAGUGUGUCGUUUUGGGGUGAAAAGAAAGCUGGAGAGUGUUGGGUUUUUGGGAAUAAGAAAUAUCCCGCGAAAAUCAUCUCGCGUCAACGUAUGGUGUGGAAUUUUUCGAAAGGCCGAAUUUAAAAAUAGGCCGAAGGUGUCCGUUUAAUCCCCGGUGCCACUCGCGAUUAUCCGGAGGUCCUAUGUGAUCAUCGGGUAUGCGAUCAUAAACACGUGGUUGUGGUGAAUCAUCGGCUGGAGUUUUUUUUGUGGGAUUCUCCUCCUCUUGACGCGUAGGGGGCUAUAAGCUCCAAAGUGGAGCCCGAGGUACGGAGUGUACCACCAAGGAAUCUGUGUGCGAAACGUAUGACGGUGGAGGUUCUAGAAGCGAAAUGGGGCUAAAAAUAGCCACCGAGCAAGACGGUUGUGGUAAAACGGGCCGAUAAUAGUUUGGUGAAUGGGGAGUUAGAAAAGCGAGUGUGAAGGAUUGUGUGACUCGGGACUCCUCAGUUCAGGCGUGCCAUCUGCAAGUGUGUGGUGACCGAUUAGACCUGGCCCCGAUAAGAUUACAAUUUACUUGCUGGAGAGAUAGCAAAUAGGCAACAACAAAAAAAUCACAGGCACUCAACUUCAUGUCUAGUCUUCUGAUGCACUGGCAACUGUGGUCAGUGUACGAGUGAACGUUGUCGAAGUGGUUUCAACAAUUCGACAGCACGAGUGAACCGUGAGUGUGAUCGAUGGUCGUGAUCAGCUGUUGUCAUUUGUCUUCGAAGUGAAACGCCUCUCGCGAACGGGAUUAUUUUCGGUGGACAAGGUGAAAAUAGCUUCGAUUUUAUUUAUAGUUCAAAUACAGCAAGAGAUAACACACAUAUACAACUCGCCCCUCAAGCAUAUUUUGAGAGGAAGGAAACAACCCAACACAGUGGAUCUAACACACGAAAAUUAAUAAGGUCGCUGAGUGAUUGAAGUGUGUCACAGUCGUAAAAAACUGCGGUCGCACUUUCUGCAAUUCUUCCAAACACGGUGCACUUGCUUUGGAGAAAAAAAAGAAAACUUUUCACCAUCGUGAUCCAGUGUGGUCUGUACACCUUGUGGAAUAUACACAACAUACCAUCCAUUGACUACCAGUCACUUCAUCACGCAUCCAAGCGAAGAGAUUCAUUGAAAGUUUAUACCAGUGAAUAGUGUGUGCAAAUUUUUUGUGUGCGAUCUAAAGAGAACGCAUCGGAGUUGCACAGAGAGAGAGAGAGAGUCGCUGUGGGAUCGCGGUGAUCUAUUUUUGUUGUGUUGGUGCACCUAAAUAUGGAACUUUUGGCCCAGCUUCCUGGGCCCAAUAUUGCCAACAGUGCUCGUUAUCAUUGAACCCAAUAUUGGAUCUUCCUGUGUUGGAUUGCGAUCGCAGAAAUUCCAACAGCAUCCGCUCUCAAUUGAUCACCAAACAAUCAAUCGCUACUCGAGAUCGGUCUAGUGGGAUCGUGGGAGGGUGAAUAAGAGGAAAACAACGUGAGAGGCACUAAAUUGACAAGAGUGUUUGUAUAGCGAUCGCGACCUUUUCUCAAUCACUCUCAAUCACCACUGUCGUCACAACAAUCGAAGUGAAGAGAUCGUGAUCUCAAAAUAGAUCCCGUGUGAUUGGUUUUCUUCGUGAGAAUUUCACAUUGCCCACCCGGUAUACGUGUGGAAAGUGAUCGCGUGCGAAAUUGUGACUGAGUGAGUGACAAGAAAUUAAAAAAAAGACGCCUUUUCUUUUCAACUGGACACGAAUUUGGUGGAGCGCAAUGAAUAUCGUGACAGCGUUGAUCUUUGUAGUUGCGGCAUGCGUGGUUGCACCCGUUGCUGCCACAUCGGAAGACGCGAAUGUCACCAUCACGGUAAAGAGAGAUGAUGAAUGUGUCGAUGGACUAAUCAUUCCGGUAUGGGAACCAACAACUAAUCUCACAUUUGGCGAUCGUUUUUCACGCGGUCUUGUGUACUUCCUCUGUCUCAUUUACCUCUUUAUCGGGGUGUCCAUUGUGUCUGAUCGCUUUAUGGCAGCUAUUGAGGUAAUUACAUCCAAAGAGAAAGAAGUGAAGAUACGCAAACCCGACGGUGAGACACAAAUUGUUGUGGUGCGCGUUUGGAAUGAGACGGUAGCUAAUCUUACGCUGAUGGCACUGGGAUCGAGUGCACCUGAGAUCCUCUUGUCGAUCAUUGAAAUCAUCGCAAAGAAUUUCAAAGCCGGCGACCUCGGACCUGGCACAAUUGUCGGUUCAGCCGCAUACAAUCUCUUCGUGAUUAUUGCUAUAUGCGUGUUGGUGAUCCCAAAUGGUGAGGUGCGCAAGAUCAAGCACUUGCGUGUAUUUUUCGUGACAGCCACGUGGUCGGUAUUUGCAUACAUCUGGCUCUAUUUGAUCCUGGCCAAAUUCACACCGGGUCGCGUGGAUGUUUGGGAAGGCUUCCUUACUUUCUUAUUCUUCCCAGCCACCGUACUCACGGCCUACAUCGCCGAUAAGCGCCUGCUGAUCUAUAAGUACAUUGGGAAGCAGUAUCGCAUGAAUAAGCGCGGUGUGAUCGUGCAGGUGGAGGGCGAUGCGGGCCUUGAGAUGAAUAACCGUGAUGACGGAAUUAAAGUCCUCGAGGAGAAUGGCGAUGUUACCCAAGAGAUCAAUGACUUUGAGGAGGCACGCAGGGAAUACAUAUCGACACUUAAGGAUCUAAGGAAGAAAUAUCCGCAGAAUGAUCUUGAAAAUUUGGAAAUUAUGGCGCAGGAACAACUAAUGAAUCGCGGACCAAAGUCUCGUGCAUUCUAUCGCAUUCAAGCUACCCGCAAGAUGAUGGGUAGUGGUAAUAUUAUGCGGAAGAUCUCCGAACGUGCGCAGAGCGACCUCAGCGAGGUGAAAGCCGAACUGCAGCGCGUGGAUGUUGAUGAGGUGGAUGAUGAGUCUAUUUGCAAGGUUUACUUUGAACCAGGACACUACACCGUGAUGGAGAACUGCGGAGAAUUUGAGGUGCGUGUCGUGCGUCGCGGAGAUCUUUCGUGUCACAUUACUGUUGAUUUCGAGACAGAGGAUGGAUCCGCCGAAGCGGGUAGCGACUAUGUGGGCAAGAAGGGUACACUGUCCUUUGCCCCUGGUGUCGAUGAACAGCGAUUCUCAAUUGAGGUUAUUGAUGAUGAGGUGUUUGAGCAAGAUGAACACUUCUACGUGCGCCUCAGCAAUGUAUCCGAACCGGCCAUUCUUUCAACACCCAAAGUCGCCACCGUCAUGAUCCUCGAUGACGAUCACGGUGGUAUUUUUGCAUUCAGCUCCAAGGAUCACGAAAUUGUUGAAUCAGUGGGCACUUAUGAGCUCAAAGUGCAACGUUUCUCGGGAGCACGUGGUAAAGUUAUUGUGCCAUAUUGGGCGGAGGAUGGAACCGCCAAAGCUGGAAAAGAUUACGAACCCCUACAGGGAGAGUUGGUGUUUGAAAACAACGAAAUUGAAAAAAUGAUUCCCCUCGUGGUUCUGGAGGAGGGUAGCUACGAAAAGGAUGUGCUGUUGUAUGUAAAUUUGGGGGAGCCUCAGAUGGUCGGAGACAAGUCAUGGGCAGGUCGUGUUGCUGAACGUUUCUGGCCGGGACGUCGUAAGAUGUCAGGAGCUAACCAAUAUGAAUUAGCAUCACUUGUUCAGGAGGCUGAAGCUAAAGCACCCGAGGACCUCACGGAAGAGGAUAAAAUGGCCCUCCUAGGACGACCAAAGGCUGGUGAUGUCAUCCGCGCGCAGAUUCGGAUAAAAGAGAGCAAGGAGUUCAAAAAUACUGUCGAUAAACUAGUCCAAAGAGCAAAUGCAUCCCUCCUCAUUGGUACAUCUUCGUGGAAGGAACAAUUCACGGAGGCGUUAACAGUUAGUGCAGGUGACGACAGUGGCUCAGAUGAAGGCGAUGGCGAAGAACCAACGCCAAGUUGUGCUGACUACAUAAUGCAUUUCUUGACACUAUUCUGGAAGAUCAUAUUUGCCUUUAUUCCACCUACAGACGUGUCUAGCGGCUAUUUGUGUUUCUUCGUGUCAAUUUUCUGCAUUGGCGUCGUAACUGCCGUCAUUGGCGACGUAGCAUCACACUUUGGCUGCACACUAGGUAUAAAGGACUCCGUGACAGCUAUCGUCUUUGUUGCUCUUGGCACAAGUAUACCAGACACCUUUGCCAGCAAAGUGGCUGCAAUUCAGGACAAGUAUGCAGACGCCAGUGUCGGAAAUGUAACUGGCAGCAAUGCAGUGAAUGUCUUCUUGGGCAUAGGGGUGGCAUGGACAAUAGCAGCACUCUAUCACGCCGCCAAAGGGAAUGUGUUCGAGGUGGAACCUGGAAACCUUGCAUUUUCGGUAACGAUCUUCUGCAGCGAAGCCCUUAUUGCCAUAUGUGUACUGCUGAUGCGACGGAGUAAAUCAAUUGGUGGUGAACUUGGUGGACCACCUACUCCAAAGUACAUUACCGCAGCAUUCUUCGUCGGACUGUGGUUACUCUACCUAAUCCUGAGUACUUUAGAGGCCUACGGAGUCAUAAAGGGCUUCUAAAUUAACACACACACACAAACAAAAUCAACUAGGUCAUAGAUUUUUUUUGUAAGCAUACCAAGGAUCAAACUUUUAUUUUUCAUCGAGUGCAACGAAAUUCGCUGAUUUAUUUUUCUUAGGCCAUUGAGGAAGAGAUUGUUCCAGAAAUGACAUUAUAUAGAUAGCGAAGAACAAAAAAAGAAAAUAAGAAUGUUUACAAGAGCAAUAUGUAAAAAAAUGAAAAGAAAACUUUAUAAGUUUAUAGAUGAGAAAAAAGGACAUAGUUACAGAGAAUAAACAUUACAUAGAAACGGGAAAAUAUAAAUGGAUUGAAAAUAUAGUCAAUUUUGUACGAAAAUAUCUAUAUAGAGAUUUAGUGGCACAGAUGUUGCCAAAAAGCAACGGAUACUAUUAAGGUAACUUCCUAUAGUUUAUCUACCAUUCGUAGUUUUCAUUAUGUUCUCGUGUAUGUAUAAUUUUUUUUUGAAACGGUAUUACUUUAAAUAAUUUAAUUUUUAUAGACGCAAUCCCAGAGAAAAAAAACUAAGAUGAGGGUGGAGAAGUCUUUAAUGAACUAAAUCAGUAUAAAAUGAGAAGUUUACAAUAAAAUAUCAUUAAAUAAGAUGAAAAAUGGAAAACCAAAGCCAAUGGGGGCGAUAAUUUUUUUUGUACAUUUUAAUAUUUAGUUUUAAAUAUAAGAAAUGGUUUUUGUACAUAUGUAUUUGUACAUAUUGCUACAUAUAGACAUGUAAUGUAGAAAAUUAAACACAAUCUUUCUUUCGAUUCAGUAGAAGACGUUGUCUUGAAUUCGAAAUAACGUUUGAUCCAAUCUAUACCAGAGACCAUAAUAUUAAAGUGUUCGCCAUUUGGGGCAUGUUCCUCAAACAGAUAACAACUAGCAGGAUUUACGGAUGCUCGAGGAGAAAAAUUACCUAAUGUAUAAAAAAUACAUGUAAGGGGAGAAAAAGCAAAGAGAAACAAUAUAAAUUUUUCUUUCUAAAGAAAUUUACGAAAAAUACUAGUCUGCGACUGAGAGUGUGUUUUAUUGAUGUUCAUUCGAAAAUUCUCUUCAAUGACUUCAUAUUGAGAGCGCAAUUGAACGUAAUAGAUAUCAAUUUUAAUUAUUGUGUCAUCAUAUAUUUUGCAAUUCAUUAAAAUUCAUAAAACUAUUCAAUUUUUUUUUCAUUGAUUAAUUAGCUAGAAAAAAUCACAACCUAAGAUCGUUUUCGAUCCAUUCACUUCCAAAAAAAUUAUCAUAAGAUUCAAUGAAGAUUUAUCGAAUUACUUAUUACGUACAGAUACAUUUAAGUACAUGACUUUCCUUUCAAUCCUUUAAUAAAAGCCAAUUCAGCGUAAAAUCAUUGGAUAAAUUGAAAAUAUGAUGUAUAUGCAAGAAUAGUGCAAAAUAAAAUUAUAUUAAUAUCAUGAAAAUGCAUGACAUAUCGGCAGUCUUUUGCACCAAAAAUAUUUUUUUUUACAAUUUUUUUAUUAAUUUCGCAUAAAGUCAAUAUUUUAUACCAUAUAUUUUUUAAAUACAUAUAAUUCACCUGCCGAAUAAUGAAAGCAUUAUCUACAAGUUUCUCUUUAUUACAUGAAAAAGAAUCAUGUCUUUUUAUUCAUUAAAAAAUCUCUUUUUUUUGUAAUCAUCCAAUAAUGGCUAAAUAAAAUUAUUAGUUAUUGGAAAUCAUACUACUUAUAAUUUAUUGAGAGAGUAUUAUUGUCACAAUGCUGCCAUUGUCAUUAGAAAAGUGAUGUGUAUUAGGGUUAAUAACAUCAAUCAUCAGCCCAUCAAAUCCAUCCAAACUAAUUUGACGUUAUAAACAAAUAAUUUCUAGACUUAGAACCUUUAUUGGAUUAUUUGUUGCUUGAUAGCUUUCAGUAGGAUAGCUUAUGCUAAAUUACUGUAAUAUAUAAAUCUUCCAGAUUAAGAAUUUAGGAAAGAAUUUGCAAAUCAUUUCACAUUUAAUUGCAAAAUUCUACUUAAAAUGGAAUUUUUUUUUUAGUUUCUGCUAUAAAACUGGCUAGGAUUACCUACUUAAUUAAUUUUUGUCAUAAAAGUCAUUUCUCAUAACUAAAAGGUAGUACACGUUUUAAGUAAGUUAAACAUGUUUUUUUUUUCUUUCUAUUAAUUCACUUUGCAAAAUUUUCAAUGAAUGGAACUUACGAGCAAAUAAACUCUCCAUCUUUGAAAUUCUUCCUCAAAUGGAAGGUAGCUAGUCAACAAAUUGUCAUACUUCGUUAUAAGAAUUCUUUAAAUUAAAAAAAAAACAAUAAAUUAGUUUUGAAGGUAACACACGAAACCUACCUACUAUUAAUAUUAUGAAUUCCAUGAUGAAAAAAAAUUGAAUUAAAAUUCGAUUGUAAAACAGAAAUAAAGUCGUAGGUUUAAUUUAUGUGAUACAUAAAAUGAACACAAACUAAUGUUGAUAUCAAAUCAAAGUCCAUCAACUUUUAAAGUAUAUUUAUAAAGAGAUAAAACUAUAAAUUGUUGAAUUUUUGAAAUAAAUGUUAACUGUAUAAAAAAAAAGAAUAUUCUUUACGUGUCAACCACUCCUACAUGGAGAUUUCCUUGCUUCCCAUAAUUUCUUAAUGCGCUAGUAACAUGAAAAUCUUUGUAAAAUUGAUGGAUAUUCACAAAUAAAAUCACUAUAUACUUAACGAAAAAACUUUCCUAUUUAUUCAGGAAGAGCAUAUAAUUGCAAAAGUAAAGAAAAUGAAACGUAAAUAAUGAACCACCUAAUGAGGUUUUCUAAAACAAACUAUCAAUCUUUUUUUUAACUAAAUCUAAAUACAAAUAUAUUUUUUAGUCUGUAAGAGAUAAGUCUUCCGUUCCAUUUUCUGACUAUUUAACAUUUUUUCUUUGACAUCUCUUUCAAAAUUCAAAACUUACUUCACUACAAACUUUUCAAUCAAAAUCUAAUUCUAAGCCUAUAUAUUUGAUGAAUAUUUACAAACUACUUAAAAACUACAUUAAAAUAGAAUUUUAUUUAAGAUCUCUUUCACUUCACUUUCAAAAAAUCCUCAAAAGUUUUUUAAAAUAUCUAAACAUAAAGUCAUACGUCUCAUAAUACUUAUUUAUUUUUUUCGGAAUAAAAGAAUCAAAAAUUUUCCAAGAUUUUCUAAAUACCUAUACAAAAGUGGUUCUGUGGAACAUCGUAAAGCGAAUUUUCUUUGCUUAAAAUAAAAAAAAACAAUGGGAAAAUGAACUUUUAUUUCCAAAAUUCAUGCUAAAUUUUCUCAAUGGAAUACACGCAUGUUUCUUAUAUAUACAUGAUAGAAUACAUAGAAAUUAAAUUAUAAAAAAAAACUUAAAAUAAAACAAAGUGUUAUGAAAGACAUUCUAUUAAUCACUUCUAAUGUAUUGUAAUAUUUCAACAACAAAAAAACCCUCCUUAUACUAUCUACCUUAAACAAACCAAUAUACUUAAACAGAAAAAAAUACUCCUCCUCUCCAUUGUUGCAUCAAGAGUAGUCUAAAAUAGUACAAAAAUUAUCCUUCGGUGUAAUACAUACAUUAAAAAGAAAAAAAAACUGCAUCUUAUUUUAUUCAUUUCAUAGCAAAAGCAAAAAUAUUAAUGAAAGCUUCCAACUUCUUCUAAUGAAACAUGCUCUUAUAUAGUCUUUAAAAAAAGCAAAAUGAAUGAACAGUAAAUGAAGUAAGGUGGAAUCAAUAAACUAACUUAUAAUAUUUUAUUUAAAUUUAAGUAAAACAAAAAAAAAGUAAUUAUAUUUUGUAAAAGUGAAUGCAAAUGAGAUAUUUUGAGAAUAAUGAAAAUGAAGAAUUCUUUUUUAGAGCAACAAAAUACUAUUAAAAAACUAAAUGAUAUUUAAUGCCAAAUGGCAUGAAUUUGUGAAAUCAGUGGCAUUAAUGAUUAAAAAAAAUGAGCCUUAAGCAUGUAGAAGGUCAUAAAAAGAUACAUAGUAUGUAAACGAAAGAAUAGAGUAUAUAUAUUUAGAAUUUAUGAGAACCAUUUGUAGGAACAAGAAAAAUGUAUCACUGCAUUGAAUAUUGACAAACAAAAAUCGAAACACGAAAAUUCAUUAAUUUUCUUUUUCGUUUCUUCUACCAAAAAAACGAAUUAGGGAUCGAUUCUAAUGACAAUUUUUUCACCAUCAUUUUAUUGUAAUUAUUGACUUAGAACGUUCCCCGUGGUCCAAGUCAUAAAGUAAAAAAAAAACAUUUUUUAAAAUAAAAAUAAAGUUUAGAAAAAAAAGAACAUAAAUCCGUAAAUUCACCAUAUAGGUCAAAGUCGUAAGUGUUUCAUCUUGAGUUACAAAUUAACUAAACUGCACUUAAAAUAAUUUUUUAUACGCCGUUGGUAAAAAAAAAACGAUAAAACACCAACCGACUGGACUGAUUUUUGGGAAAAAAACAAUUUUUGAAAUAAAUCUUUGAGAAAAAUUCUACGUAGAUGAGCAAUGUAGCGUCAUUUGAUAAAAUCGCGCAAAUAUUAUUAAAUUUUGAAUUUUACUGUAAUAAAAAAAAUAUCAGAGACAAUUUUAAGCGGAACCAAUUUUAUUUUUAAUUUUCUUUCUCCUCAAUGGGAAUUCAAAAACUGAAAAUGUUUAACGUAUAGACGAAAUUAUUGGGAAAAAAAUUCAAAUUUAUCAUUGCUGGCGACCAAUUUAAAAGAUAUUAAUUAUAGUUGUUGUAUUCCUUGACAAGAGAUUAUUUUAUACAAGGGAAGUGACGUAAAUAGUUUAAAAAAAAAUUGGAAAUUUCAAAAUCUUUUGUGAACUGCCACAAAAUCUAUUGUAUAUUUUUUAAAUAAAAAAUUUCGAACAUGUGCGUAAAUAUGGGUGGCAGUGUAGAUAUUAUAUAGAAAUUAAUAGGAUCCAAUCAGCGAAGAAGAAAAAUUGUUAUGUAAUAUUUUAAUUUGUAUUAAAUUGUUAUAAAUGAUUGGUGAAAAACUGUAUCAAUAUUAUAAAAUUGAAACAUGAAAGAAAAAAAUUAAAAAGAGACAUCCAAUAAAUAAUAUAAUAUUAUUAUCCAUUAAAUGAAGAGAAAAACAAUUUAUUUAAAUUUGUGUUAAUUUUAUUAAAUUUUUAAAUUUUAUUAGUUAUCGUGGGAAAAAUUCUAUACUUUAACAGUUUCAAUCAAUAGUAAGAAGAAUAAAUCAGAUGAUUGAUGAAAAAGAAAACCUAAGAUGAAAAUAUUUAAUAUCCUAAUAAUUAAACAAAAAAUCUUGAUUGUUGAUGUUUUCCCAUAAAAGAAAUAAAUAAAAUGAUAAAAUACUAAAA